AUGUCCCGAGCUGUCACAUCUACACAGUUCUUUAACACCUCCAGGUAUAGUCUGAAACGACGUGUUUAUGUUUCUGCAGAGCCGGAACAAGCCACAGGCGCACGAAGGCUUCCAACACUCGCUCCGCAACAGUUUACGCCCGUUUUAGCACCGCCGUUUCCCUCUUCCCCCAGCACCGCUCCUUCCGCGGGGAAGGCAGCGCGGCGCGGUCCCCCGGCAGAGCACCCACGGCUGCGAGGGACGCGACCGACACGCGGGGCAGCGGCUCUGCGAGGACAAGGCGUGGGAGGGCGGGAACACCGGCCUGAACCGAAGCUACCAGACGUUGCAGCGGGAGCACCGGGAGAAGCACGCCCCUUCACGGGUUUUUACCCGCUCCCGGUUGUUAUUUUUUUAACCCGGGGCUGGGAAAGCCCGGCCGAGGCCCCGCAUCCACCAAGCGCCGCACCGUGUGCGCUCCCGCCGCGCUGGGGGCACCCGCGGCAGCGGCCCCGCAACCGCCGGGGACCCGCCGGAGACCCGCCGGUGAGGGGCGGGGGGUCGGCCCGGAGGCGCCGGACUGCGGCAGCGGCCGUUCCGCGCCCACCGCCCCCGCUCCCGCUCCCAUCCCCGGGACCCGCCGCCCCCUUCCCGCUUCCCGCCGCUCCCUCACCUGAGGCGGCGGCCGCGAGCCCCGCCGCCCCGCUCCCGCCAGCCCCCGCGCCGCCACCGCCCCCUCACGUGACACACACAUACCCGCCCAACCUCCCCCUCACUUCCGCCCCUCACUUCCGCCGCCGCCACUUCCUUCCGCCCCGCUGCCGCGUUUCCUUCCGGGUGCGGGCGGCGCGCGCGGCCCUGUGGGAAGGCACGUCCCUCCCUCUCCUUCUCCCCCCCCCCCGCCCCGCGGCCUCCCCGUCUCCCCCGCCGCGCAUGCGCCGUGGCUGCCUCCCCUCUUCCUCCCCGGCAGCGCCGGAGCCCCAGCAGCCGGAGCAGCGGCAGCAGCUGACGAUGAGGAGGAGCGCGGGGGGGGGCGGCGGCGGCGGGGGGGUCCAUUAUUUAUACCGUUAA